AUGCUUGGCAAAGGCAGCCAGGGUGAAGUGUGGCUUGUUGUCAGUGUUCAAGGAGGAAGUAAACAGUUCGUCAUGAAACGAUUUUUAUUGAAUAUCUCACACGACACUUACACGACGGACGGAGAACCUGAGAAAGAAGCGAAAUUAUUAUCCAAAUUACAACAUCCAAAUAUUGUUCAAUACAUCGAUUCGUUUCAAUGCGAAAGAUAUUUAAAUAUUGUCAUGACCUACUGUGCAGGUGGUGAUUUGUACACAAAAAUAAAACAACAAAAACUAAAGAAACAAUUGUUUAGCGAAGAACAAAUUGUUGACUGGUUCGUUCAAAUAUGUACAGCAAUACAAGUAAUAUAA